GUCCGCCGAUAAACCCAAUAACGAAACAAAGAAAGAGCGCGCGUGUGAUGUGUUUGUUUGUCCUCAGGGUUUUUCUAUGUUCAGUGUUUAAUUGAAUGUAAACACCGUCUUGUGUUGAGAUGUUGAUGAUAAGAGAUGAGAUGGAUGUGAUGUGCUGUAAAUCAGUAGGAACUGAUCUAUCUAUGCUGGAUAUUGAGGAUUUCAUCACAGAAAUCUCUCAGCUGAAGAAAGAGGUGGCGUUACUGGAGACAAAGUUGAGGUUAAGAGGAGAUGAAGGACUGAAGAGAGAGGAUGUGGAUUGUUGUGAAUCUUCAGUGUAUUUGACUGAUGGACGUCUGGAUUCAGUGGGGAUGAGCAGAGAUCAGAGCCGCACACCACAGCCACUGCUGGACUCUAAACUCUCUGAAGAGAAAUCCAGACACACACAGAACUCAGAGCUCAGUCUCACUUUACUCGGUUAUACUGAGUCAAAGCCCACAGACACUCAGGACACUACAGUGUGUGACAGUAAACAGAGCUUACAGGAGGAUCAAACCUCCACAGAGUCUCUGGAUUUUGUCUGUAACGCUGGAGAACCGCAACAGAUCCUGCAGACCACACUGAAGAUGUGUUCAGUUAAACUGGAGGACUGUGGGAACCUGAUGGUGGAGAUAAAAACAGAACCCACAGCAGAUGAAUAUGAAGACAAACGCAAUGAUGGUCAGGAGUUUAUUAUCUCAGACGUGAAGAGUGAAUCAUGUUGUGAUGGCGAAAUAACGUCCUCAACAUCAGAAGAGCGACUGACAGCACAAACUCAAGAGAAGAAACUUCAUUCAGAAGAGCAAAGAGAGACGAAGAAGAAGCCGUUUAACUGUGAACAAUGUGGGAAGGAUUUUGAUUUCUUAUUUCAGCUGAAAGGCCACAUGAAGACACACAGUGGUGAAAAACCUUUCCACUGCAAUGAAUGUGGCAAAUACUACAGCAGCAAACAAACUCUUGAUAUUCAUAAGAGAAUUCACAAAGAAGAGAAACUGUAUGAGUGUCCUCACUGUGAGAAGAGAUUCAACCACCAACACAUUUUAAAGAAUCAUGUGCGUUUACACACCAAUGAGAGACCGUAUGAGUGUAGUCAAUGUGGAAAAACCUUCACGCAGUCAUGCUCUUUAAAGUCACACGAAAAAACACACUCUCAAGAGAAACUCUAUCCAUGUUCAUACUGUGAUAAAUGUUUUAAGUUUAAAUUUAAACUGAUAAACCAUGAGAGAGUCCACACAGGAGAGAAGCCUUACGUCUGCAGUGUUUGUGGGAAGAGUUUUAAUCAGCCAAAAAAUUUAAUGAGACACCAGAGAACUCAUACAGGUGAAAAACCUUACAAAUGUUCUCAGUGUGACAAGACAUUUACUCAGUCAGAUUACUUAAAAGUCCACGAGAGAAUUCACACUGGAGAGAAACCUUAUGUCUGCAGUGUUUGUGGGAAGAGUUUUAAUCAGCCAACAAAUUUAAUUAGACACCAGAGAACUCAUACAGGUGAAAAACCUUUCAAAUGCUCUCAGUGUGACAAGACGUUUACUCAGUCAGAUUACUUAAAAGUCCACGAGAGAAUUCAUUCUGGAGAGAAACCUUAUGUCUGCAGUGUUUGUGGGAAGAGUUUUAAACAGCGUGAACAUUUAGUGACACACCAGAGAACUCAUACAGGUGAAAAACCUUAUAAAUGUUCUCAGUGUGACAAGACGUUUACUAGGUUGAGUUACUUAAAAGUCCACGAGACAAUUCACACGGGGGAGAAACCUUACAUCUGUUCUUACUGUGAAAAAAGCUUCUUUGAUCCAUCAAAAUUCAGAGUUCAUCAGAGAGUUCACACUGGAGAGAAGAAACUUCAUCACUGCAGUGUUUGUGGGAAGAGUUUUAAUCGGCGUGAAAGUUUAGUGAAACACCAGAGAACUCAUACAGGUGAAAAACCUUACAAAUGCUCUCAUUGUGACAAGACGUUUACUCAGUCAGGUUCCUUAAAAGUCCAUGAGAGAAUUCACACUGGAGAGAAACCUUACGUCUGCUCUCAAUGUGGAAAAAGCUUCUCUGAUCCAUCUCAAUUCAGAGUUCAUCAGAGAGUUCACACCUGAGAGAAACCUCAUCACUGUAGGGUUUGUGGAAAGCUACACUUAAAUCAUAGCGCCUUAAAAUCUUUACACACUGAACUGCAUAUAUUCAGCACGAGUAUUCGAAGCAAUAACAUGCAAGAACAAAAUUAAUUGAUUAAAAGUUUUUUUACCACUGUGUUGAAUUUUCCCUCUUCCAUCCGAUGAAUAAACAGUUCGACCAAUGAACUCUUAGCAUUACGUUUAACAUGUUCAGGAGCUGAAUUAGGUGAAUGCUUGGUUAAAGUAGCAAUGAAAUUAAAAUUAAAAACUGUCAUUUGUUUUGGAAUAUUGUAUUUUUUUUUACAAAUGACUCAUCUGUGAGCUUCAUUAUAUUUAAAAAAUUCUUGUGCCCUCAUAAUCUUUAACCAAAAUCACAAAUCUCCUGCCCUCCUAAAAACGAUCUCUCUUUACUUCUGGUCAUAUGGUAUGGCAAGUGGGCGGGUCCGGGAAAAGAUCGCUGUGAUUAGCAGUUAGCAACAUGACCUAACUUCAAGGAUCCAAUCAGUUCUCGAUGGAUGAAUUCAAGUCCAGCCCCACAUUUCUUCAUUUCAGAAGGCGUUUCACUCGGAUUUACGUCACCUUGGUGAAAAUAAGACAAUCACUACUUAAAGAGAGUUUAAGUUCAAGCAGAAUGACAGAAGUCCUGAAAUACAGAUAUCAGUUUAUCCUCGCUAUGUUGUCACUAUGGAUAAAAGCAUAUACCCAAUACGUCAAUUUAAUAAAAAGACUAAAUGUUUCAAUUGAUAGAACUGAACAGAAACAAACAUUUGUGUCUUAAAUUUAUUACAGUAUUUCAAUUGAUUUGAUCUUUUUAUCGUUCACUUCUUGCUGUUCUUUUAUAUGAUUCAUUUUACUCUAGUUAUUCUAUUCUACAAUACUUUCUUGUUUAAAUCUUAUGUUUACCUUUUGCAUUAUUUUUUUCUGUUCCACAUUUAUGAAAUCAGCUGAAGUAGUAACUUUGAUGAAACUUUCGUUUGUGUGUCAUAUUUGUGCAUUGUAAAAAAAAUAAAAGUUAGAAUUUAAUAAAAUUUGA